UUUUUAGUCUGCUAGUAGACUAAAUUGUUUUUCUUAUCUUUUGUAGUUUAAUGUUAUUGCAACUAACGCUGUCAUGUACAAAACGUAUCUUCCUUUUAUUUAAGAAAGAAAAAGAUUUAGAUACAAAAGAGAGCCGUUCGAUUCCGCUGAAUAAAAAACAAGAUUACAAAACUGAAUUUGACAAAACAAAACUUUCUUGUCGAAAUCCGAUGAUACUUAAGAUACACGUCUACGCAUACUUUCUCGACGCAAGGACAAGCGAGCACAUCCGCCGCCAAGUUGUGGAUGCAGAAAAAAAAAAAAAGAGUUUAGCUCAAUUACACAUCCUGCAGUUUCCUUCUAGUCGCGCGCUAGAGCACCUUGCUUUUCCGUACAUACGUACGUACGACGACGUAUACUGAUCGGCGUUUCGCGGAGGAGGGAGAGUCUUCGAUAAAACACAUUCGCGUUCUCUCGGUCGCUUCAGUGUUGCUUUACGGUGUUCACGAGUACGGGCGGCGAACGCAUCGCGCGGUGACGUUGGCGGAGCGAAGCGUCGGUCGUCUCGAAAAUUAUAGCAGUCGUCGAGUAGAACACACGGUCGCUAGGAGAAACGGUAACGCGUGUGUGUGUACGUGUGAGGAGAGAAGGGAAGUAAGCGCGGUGAAAGAUAGACCCACCUCGAAGAGGGAGCGACGAUGGGCAGCGCUGCGGAAACUAGACGAAGCAAACGGGACGGGACGAAGAAAACGCCGUGAACACGACGGAGACGAGACGAGAAACGCCAGCGACAAACGGCCAAUCGAAAUCCUUUCUCACGUGCGGUUUCUCAGUUUGGCAGUUGCUCCGAUUGCGCGGCAUACGCGAACGUUUCAACCGGCUUCGCUUUACUGGCUGGCGCUGCCAGAUGGAGGUUAGGUGGUUCGUCAGUCGGUGAUAACAGUGUAUCCCAGCGGCGGCGGCGGAUGGUCUCAUAAGACUUGAGAGAAAAUAAUUCAGUGUGUGUUUGCCAUUCAGUGUGUGUGUGUGUACGCGUCACGUUAUUCGCGAGUGUCCGACUUGCUCGUUAACGCAUAUUGUGCGUGCGCACAUUCACGUGCCGACGGUGUGCUGUUCGUUUUUGCCUCCACACACAAAUAAAUAAUGUCAAGCAGUGUGUGCCACGCGCCCUUACCAGCACGAAUGGAAGCGUUCACCACGAGGCUCUGCCUGCGUGCGGUCGAUCAGUAUGAGCGGCUUCUGCAAACUCAUUUCAACAAGGCUUCUCUGGUUGCAGCCGUCGAGCAAGGAGCAAACGCGAUUGAGCAAUCAUGAUUCGACGGGUAGCAAGGAUCAUCGUCGGCAGAAGGAUGGGUCUAGCAGCAGCAGCAGCAGCAACAGCAGCAGCGGCGGCAACAACAGCAGCACCUACAGCGCCUUCCGUCAUUGGCGACGGAGCACCUCGAUGGGCUCCCAUCGUUCCAACAGCACUGGCUCCAGAUCGUCAUCCAAUCCGCUCGCUAAACUGCCCAAUGACCCAGCCACUCUUCGCAAGAUGGAACAUUUUCCCUUCGUUCUAUCCGACACCACGAUGCCUGAUGAAGAUCUCUCCCUAAAAUUCCUUGCUCUGAACGCUCUGGACCUCACAGCACCGGCUAGCGAUGUGCUUCUGAAGAACCGACUGAAGUCUUGGUUCCAAUUGUCAGGUCAUCCGGAUGGUUUUGCGCCCGCCGGACCUGGUACCGUCUGGAAAAGAAGAACAGGCGGUAUUGAGAACACAGAGCGUGUGGUUUACGAGACGUUGAGCAAGGAUAAAGCGCUGCGAGAUUGUAUUCCAAGAUACUAUCGGGAAGUCGAAUACAAAGGCGACACGUUCAUCGAGUUGCAAGAUCUGCUGUUUGGUUUUACCGAUCCUCACGUAAUGGAUAUCAAGAUGGGCACGCGUACCUUUCUUGAAUCCGAAGUGUCUAAGACUACCGCCCGGCCGGAUCUGUAUCAAAAAAUGAUAGCCGUCGAUCCGGAAGCGCCGACUCAGCUCGAACACGAGCAACGCGCCGUGACGAAGUUACGAUACAUGCAGUUCCGCGAGCAGCAGAGCUCGACCUGCAGCCACGGUUUCCGCAUCGAGGCGAUGAAGCUGCCGGGUUCGCCACCAAUUACCGAUCUCAAAAAGGUCAAGUCACACUCGGAAGUGCUCAAUACCAUCAGGCAGUUUCUCGGUAAACGCGAGGACACUCGAAAGAAAAUUCUUACGCGCCUUAGAAGUCUGCGAACCAAGAUAGAGGAGUCGAAAUAUUUCCAGACUCAUGAGGUCAUCGGCAGUAGUAUUUUCAUGAUUUACGACAACGAAAAAGUGGGCGUUUGGCUGAUAGACUUUGCAAAAACACGCGAGGUGCCGGACGGAUUGAAGCUGACGCAUAGGCGCCCUUGGGAAGAAGGCAAUCACGAAGAAGGUUUUCUGUUUGGAUUGGACAACUUGAUUUCGGCCAUCGAAGAGGUUCGCCUUUUCUCGUAAAUAUUUCCGAUGUUUACAUGAAACAUCGACGUUAUCGAAACAGUUACAGAACAGAGUUUAAAAACUUCCUUAGCACUAUAAAAGGAACAUUUGUUCCAUAUGUAACAAGUAAAACAAAACUAUGUGUGUAUUUCAUCACAUUUUUGUGUAAUAAUUUCCAUUUAGAUGUAAUAAGCGAGUAUCAGUAUCGAAAGCAGAAAACUCUAUUAUAGAAUUAUAUAAUUAAGAAUUAUAUCAACGCCGAAAAAUAGAUAUAUAUCCAUACUUUUGCUCAUCUUCUGAUUCUGUCGCGAGUUUCUGACACCUUCGUUGUCUUUAUUUAUCUCUCAUUGAUAUUUAACAUGGAAGACUGUUUUUCUAUUGCAUUUUGCGCGCAUUUUUAUAAAAGACGCAUCUUUAAAAAGACAAAAACCUCCAAACGCAUUACUCUGUGUACAAAAUGCGUAAUGUACAAAAAAGUAGCUUUUAAAAUAGCCAAUAAA